AAAAGUUUGGACUUGGUGGAAACUGCGUUGGCUGGGUGUCCAGAAAUGUACUGGAAGCUCUACCACUACCUACCUGCGAGGCCUUGGCUGAGUCACCUGACCCACACAAGCACCAGACUUCUUCCUAGAACCUAAAGGGUUUGGACUAGGUGAACGCCGUGAUCCCUUCUAUUCUAAGAACCAGAGUAUUAUGAAGCUGACCUCCCCCUUGAUUUUCUGGAUUGUGACAGCAUCAUCUGUCUGAAGAAAACCAACCAGGACGAAAUGAGAGAAUACUGACUAGUCACUUUCCUAGACUCAGCUUUUCUCGGGAUAGCACAUAACAAAAUGCUAGGAUGAAACAAAUUACAUAAAACUCACAUAAAAAUGGCCAUGUAUACCACUUUUGUGGGGAAAUUACAGGGAGAAUGUGAACCUAAUAUCUACUGAUGAAUUAUUCAACUCUGUUUCAGUCACCCUCGCUGACCGGGUGACAGAGGAGGGGUGUUUUUCAAGUAUUCCCAGAAGGCUCUUGAACUCUCUUGAAUGUUGGCCUGAAGGGUGUUUCUGGUGAAGAAUGGGCACCAGAAUGUGUAAGAAGGGAGACAGGCACUUCCUCUAGGAAUGGGAAAAGACACCAUUAUGGGAUGCCCCAGGGGAUCAUUUGAAACCCUUUAAAUCCAUGUCUGGGGAAAUGAGGAAUUCGUCCUGACUGGAUUUCUGACCUGGAAAGAACCUUCCAAGACAAAGAACAGUGAGGUCAUACCCAGAAAGCAUAAAGGGCUUAGGAAGAAGAGUGAAGGACAUCCCAACACACUGAAACUAUUGAGUCCAGAAGAGUUUGAAAAGCCACGUGAUAUUUAAACAGAGCUUUAUUUAUACACAUGUAUGAUUUGGGGGAAGUCAGAGAGAAUGAUGGCUAAUUUCUCAGCAAACACAUUGUUUAAAAUGCACAUCAUGUUCUAAACCUAAAGCGCUAUCUAUGAAUGCCGGCUAUAAUAGCCAUGAUUAACUGGCAUAGAUCCAGAGGGCAGGAGGCAUUUGGGUUCUUCCCAAUCCGGCAAUCGGAGGUUUUCAGUCACCCCAAAGUCCCCAUCGUCUAAACAGCUACAAGUUUAUAGCAGCAAAUACACACAAUAUUACCAAACAUAACAGCUUUGGAAAACAUCCAUUUGGCCCAUCCAUGCUGGAGAGAAUUAUGCUUUCGUGGGUUUCUCUUUUUCGAAGUGAUCAAAAUGUUGCCCUUCACAAUCCUUUGACUCAUCAAGGAGAAAUCAGAGGAAACAAGGAUGGUCCAUAGCAAGUUAGCAUUUCCCACUGAAAUAAACAAAUUCCUUUGACUCCCCUCCAGCCAUGGAGCCCUUGCCAACAUCUCACAGUACAAAAGAGAGACUGGCUUCCAGCAGGAAUGGAGCAACUGCUAAUUCCCAUUAUGAGACCUGAUAUUGUCCACCACAUCCCCCACAAAAAAAAAAAAAUUGUCUUCUAGAAACUAAUAAAAAUUGGUCCUUAAAACAAUAGCCUCGUGCUAAUGUAAAUACCCACUGGGAUAUUACAAAUUAACACACUCCAAAGCAACCCAAUUAAAAAUUAUGCCUAUGCACACAGUCUCACCCACCAAAAGAUACAUCUGCUACUCCAAAUAUCAUGCAACACUGGAUUCUAAAUUGGUCUUAAUUUAUAAAAAGCCGACAGGCAUGGGUAUAAAUUCUCAGUCCUUGUGGCCGUGACCGCCCUAUGCUAUCUUCCUCCCAGUGAUGGACACAAGCGUUGAUGUAGUUGCUAUUAUUUAAGGACACAAGAACAUUGAAAGUGGCAUUUUUCCGCUUUCACCAUCUACGACUCUGCCCAGAACUGCCAGAUGAACGCCCACGCCACCUUCUCCCACCAAAGGUGGAUCCGGCUAACAGGAGGCUCUGGGUGGUGACCACAGCGCCCGCGUGCCCAGCUCUGGGGAGAGCCUCCCCGUAGCGAGCGGCCCCCCGCGCACCCGACAGACCCGCCAACUGCGCGGAGGCCGCGCGGCUUCGUCGUUCAUGCUCCUGAAGGACAAUAGCUCAUCAAGCCCCACCGAAAGCCCCGGACCCGUCGCGGAGCCUGGGCUGGCGGGGGAUGAGGCUGAGCGACUCCUCCUAGAGGUGGUUAUGUGGAGAAGGAGCAAUCCCUUCUCCCUCCUCCUCCUCCCCCCGCUACUAUCCGCGGCCCAGGGAACUGCCGCUUGCCGCCAUUGACACGCACAGAUAGAACCCAAAGAAAGGCAAAGAGUCCUGCCCGGCACCGGCGCCGCGCGGGCCGAACCUGCGCCGAGGAGGGGCGCGCGGAGGGCACCGGGCGCCCGGAGCAGGCGGCGCAGCACCAGCAUUGUGUUAGUGCCGGGAGGCCACCGUGUCAGCAAGCUGAAAGGGAAACUGAGGCAAGAUGUCGGGCCGGAGCGGGAAGAAGAAAAUGUCCAAGCUGUCCCGUUCAGCCAGGGCCGGUGUCAUCUUCCCGGUGGGGAGACUGAUGCGUUACCUGAAGAAAGGGACAUUCAAGUACCGGAUCAGCGUGGGCGCCCCCGUCUACAUGGCGGCAGUCAUCGAGUAUCUGGCAGCGGAAAUCCUAGAAUUGGCUGGGAAUGCCGCGAGGGACAACAAGAAGGCCCGGAUAGCCCCGAGACACAUCCUGCUGGCAGUAGCCAAUGACGAGGAGCUCAACCAGCUGCUAAAAGGAGUGACCAUUGCCAGUGGAGGCGUCCUGCCCAGAAUUCACCCCGAACUGCUGGCCAAAAAGCGAGGGACCAAAGGCAAGUCGGAAACUAUCCUCUCCCCGCCCCCAGAGAAGAGAGGAAGGAAGGCCGCGUCAGGCAAGAAGGGAGGCAAGAAAUCCAAGGCCGCCAAGCCAAGGACGUCCAAAAAGUCCAAACCAAAGGACAGCGAUAAAGAAGGAACUUCAAAUUCCACCUCCGAAGAUGGGCCAGGGGAUGGAUUCACCAUCCUGUCUUCUAAGAGCCUUGUUCUGGGGCAGAAGCUGUCCUUGACCCAGAGUGACAUCAGCCAUAUUGGCUCCAUGAGAGUGGAGGGCAUUGUUCACCCAACCACAGCCGAAAUUGACCUCAAGGAAGACAUAGGUAAAGCCUUGGAAAAGGCUGGGGGGAAAGAGUUCUUGGAAACAGUAAAGGAGCUUCGCAAAUCCCAAGGCCCCUUGGAAGUUGCUGAAGCCGCCGUCAGCCAAUCCAGUGGACUUGCAGCCAAAUUUGUCAUCCACUGUCACAUCCCUCAGUGGGGCUCUGACAAAUGUGAAGAACAGCUUGAAGAGACCAUCAAAAACUGCCUGUCGGCCGCAGAGGACAAGAAGCUAAAGUCUGUCGCGUUCCCUCCUUUCCCCAGCGGCAGAAACUGCUUUCCCAAACAGACCGCAGCCCAGGUGACCCUCAAAGCGAUCUCGGCCCACUUCGACGACUCGAGCGCGUCCUCGCUGAAGAACGUGUACUUCCUGCUCUUCGACAGCGAGAGCAUCGGCAUCUACGUGCAGGAGAUGGCCAAGCUGGACGCCAAGUAGCCGCUGCACUUCCCAGCAGGGAUCGCAGGAGGAUCGGAGUCACGAGAGGGGGGUUUUAUUUUUUAAAAGGAGAGAAGAAGGGUGACGGCAGGGCAGGGCAGGGGAGUGGAGGGCGACAGAGAGGGCAGGUCCUGCCCCCGGGAGGAGCCCUCUGCAUUUCAUAUUCUCCUUCAAGAGCCUCAGUCCAUGAUCAAGCAGGUCUCCACGAGCGGUUUCUUUCCAUGGGUUUUCUUCCCGUUGUUUUAGGAGAAAAAAAAAAAAAAAAAAAAGACCUCGUUUUAGAUUUAUAGCAUUGACUUUUACACACACUCACAAAAAAAAAAAAAUCCUUUCGAAAUUCUUAAGAUCUUCUGUUCCUCCUUUUUACAAGGGAAGAUGGCAUAAGAGCGACUCGGGCUUCGCUGGUUUGUCUGUAUCCCGUGACGGAGGGAAAACUGGGGGGGACACCUCACUGGUGCUUUUCUCGUUCGUUUUGUGCCCCCACCCCCAGCCCUGUAAAAUCUGUAACUACUCCUAAAAAGUUUUUGCUUCGGGCAUUUUUUUAUUUUGUUUUGUUUUUUAAAGAAAAAGAAAAGGAAAAGAAAAAAUAAAAGAUCCAGCAUCUUUCUUA